UCGGAUAGGAUGGUUUUUGCCCUGAGAAUAAGUCAAAUAAGAUCCUAUAAAUAAGAUCCUACAACAAAUUCACUAGCUAUAAUAAGGAAUAAGAACACAGUCACUUCGUCCGCAAACGAUUAUCACAAUUCUUUAGCUUCAAUUUUCUUAUUCUAGCUUCUCGAAUUCAAACCAUUAUCAACAUGUACCGGGUAGCAAAGGCAUCAGAAUACCUUGUGAUAACUGGCGCCGGAAUUGACGAUGUAAAGCUUGAAAAGAAAGCAUGGAUUUUUCCAGGUCAAUCCUGCACUGUCUUCGACCUCUCACCGGUGAACUACACCUUCGAAGUUCAAGCCAUGAGUGCUGAAAAACUCCCUUUCGUCCUCCCUGCCGUCUUCACAAUCGGUCCUCGUGUUGACGAUUACGAAAGCCUCCUCAAAUAUGCCAAACUAAUUUCCCCUCAUGAUAAACUCUCCAAUCACGUUAAUGAACUUGUUCAAGGAAUCAUCGAAGGCGAGACACGUGUCCUCGUUGCUUCAAUGACGAUGGAAGAGGUUUUCAGAGGAACAAAAGAAUUUAAACAAGAAGUAUUCGACAAAGUUCAACUUGAAUUGAACCAAUUCGGAUUAUGGAUUUACAACGCCAAUGUUAAGCAAUUGGUGGAUGUGCCGGGUCAUGAAUAUUUCUCAUAUUUGGGACAAAAGACGCAAAUGGAAGCAGCAAAUCAAGCUAGGGUUGACGUGGCAGAAGCCAAGAUGAAAGGUGAAAUUGGUUCAAAAUUGAGGGAAGGACAAACGAUCCAGAACGCAGCGAAAAUUGAUGCAGAGACGAAGGUUAUUGCGAUGCAGAGGGCUGGAGAAGGUGAGAAACAGGGAAUUAAAGUGAGGACUGAAGUGAAAGUUUUUGAGAAUCAAAGAGAGGCUGAAGUGGCUGAGGCUAAUUCCGAGUUGGCUAAGAAGAAAGCUGCUUGGACAAUGGCGGCUCAAGUGGCUGAGCUUGAGGCUGCUAAAGCCGUGGCUCUAAGGGAAGCUGAGUUGCAAGGUGAGGUUGAGAGGAUGAAUGCUUUGACUACUACUGAGAAGCUUAAAGCUGAUUUCCUUAGCAAAGCUAGUGUUGAAUAUGACACUAAGGUACAAGAGGCUAACUGGGAAUUAUACAAGAAACAAAAAGAGGCUGAAGCAAUUCUGUAUGAGAAGAAGGCAGAGGCAGAAGCGCAAAAAGCAUUGGCAGAUUCCACAUUUUAUGCUCGCAAGCAAGAAGCUGAAGCAGAGCUAUACGCAAAGAAAAAAGAGGCAGAGGGGAUUAUGACACUUGGGAAUGCUCAAGGAGCGUAUGUAAGUACACUUCUCAAUGCACUUGGAAACAACUACACAGCUGUAAGGGAUUACUUGAUGAUAAAUGGUGGCAUGUUUCAAGAGAUUGCUAAGAUUAAUGCCGAGGCGGUACGCGGACUUGAGCCUAAGAUUAGUAUUUGGACUAAUGGUGGUGAUAAUAAUGGGGGAAUAACUGAAGGUGCCAUGGGUAUGAAAGAAGUUGCUGGUGUCUACAAGAUGUUGCCGCCUCUGUUUAAGACUGUCCAUGAGCAAACAGGCAUGUUUCCUCCGGCUUGGAUGGGAUCUUUACCUGACAAAAACUCUUAAUUUGGAGAUGCAAGUAUUAGGUUUACAAUAGCAGUACCUUUUAUUGUGUGAUAUGUGUUUUAUUCACCAGUCUUUUAUUAGUUUUAGGUUCAAACUACUACUAUGUCAUAUGAUGAUUUAGUUUACAUUUUUACAUGCUUGGUAUUUUUUGAAUGGAA